AUGAACGAUGACAUUCCUCCCGCCUCUCAGUCUCAUCCCAUCGACGCACUCGAGUGGCAGGUCUACCGGACGUUGAGCCUUCAACCUCACGGCUUCGGCGAAGAACGCGUGAGGAUAUGGCCAAAGCUCGUCCAUCUGAAUGACCACUACUACGAAGACCGGCGAGAGUUGUCCUUGUCCUCUGCGUGGUCAGAAGUUAGUAUGGACAUACCCGAGAUUGAGGGCGAGUUGGAUGGCACGCCCCACACAGACGAACACCAGAUCGAGCUCGACACGGACCGCAGUUUCGUCCUGUAUCCAGUAGACCAGUCCAAUGACCGUGAACGACGGCAGAAUGCCCUUAACCGACUUAUUGUAUCCAUCUUCCGCAAGCGACCGCGACUACAUUAUUUCCAAGGAUACCACGACAUAGUGUCGGUUGUCUUCCUGACGCUGCCGAAAGAAAUGCACCUUCCUGUGGUGGAGAAGUUGAGCUUGCACCGGGUGCGUGACUCUAUGGGUCCCAAUCUAGACCCUGUUGUUGGACUACUCCGGAUAUUGAAGAACCUGUUGCGUUUGGCGGACUCACAAUUCGCUGCGACUCUGGAACGGACUGCACCAUUACCAUACUAUGCCCUAUCUAAUCUGUUAACAUUAUUCUCACAUGAUGUGCCAACUCUCCCUCUCAUCCAGCAUAUAUUCGAUUACCUCCUGUCCAGACCACCAAUAGCGGUUGUAUACCUGGCUGCCGCACUCAUUCUCACCCGUCGAGAAGAGGUGCAGCUUCUUGAAGACGAGGGCGAAGAGGGGAUGAUGCACUCGCUGCUCACUGUUCUUCCGGAUCUCUAUGAAGAAGGCGAAGAGGCCCCGGAGCUUCCCAACCAGGACCCUGUUCCCCCGAAGCACUCCCCCGAAGCCCCAUCGAUCCACGCCGUCGAGGGAGAAGAGGCAAAAGCUCCCUACGGGAGGAUCUGCGGAAGCCUCGGAAGAACGGACGAUCUUCCUCCGAGUUCCCAGCCUAUAGACGUGCUCGCCACUUCCGACGAAUCUUCGGGUGCAACACAGACGACGACCCCCGAACUUGCGGAGGAACAAGGUGCCAUCGUCGCAGAACAGACUGGACUCUCCGGGGAAGAACCUGGCCCUGCGACGAUCCCGGUCCCUGACGACGUCGUGCUGCUAGAAGCAUCGUCCCCAGUUUUGGUCGAAGCCCCGGUUGAUUUGGAGCAUACAACCGGUCCAGAACGCGAACCUCAUCGCGAACUUGAUGCGGAGACAAUCAUCGAUGCGCCGACGCCCUCUACGCGCGCUUCCCCCCGACGCGCCUGCACUCGGCUCCCGACGAUCCUCGGCCCGCAGAGCGCGAUGCGGACGUGGUCCGAGCGCGCGGCGGACCUGCCCGACGACGACGAGGCGGAGGCGAUGGGCGCGCGCCCGGAGCUCGUCGUCUUGCCGCGGCGGAAGCUGCGGAAGCCGCGGCGGCUCACGGACAUCGUGCUCCAGCGGCGCACGAUGGUCGCGGGUGCGGUGAUCGUGCUCGGUGUAGCGGUCGCGGUGUACGGGCUGAGCGCGGGGGUGGCGCCCGGGGGCAAUGGACAUCCGCGGCAUUCGAUGGGGAAGAAGAUGGGGAAGCUCGUCGGAGGGAUGUUCGUGGGAGCAGGGAGGGUGCUAGAUGGAUUUCGGAAGGCAUUGGAGUAG